AUGCAUUUCUCAGUCGCCACCGUCUUCACCACCGCCCUGGCUGCCGCCUCGACCGCUUCGGCCCUUGCCAUCCAGCCAAGGCACCUCGAGACCCGGGGAGCCUUUGUAAGCAUCCAGGAGGAGCCUGCUCUUGAGAAGCGCGGCGCCUCCGCUGACAUCGCCACCUCCUUCGGCAGCGAGGCCGCCAAACAAGCCGCCAAGAUCGCCGUCCAGGCCGUCGCCAACCUCAUCAGCGACAUCAUGAAGUGGGACACUGCCCGUCAGACCUUCACCAAGCAGACGGUCAAGCAGAUGAUGGACAACACUAAGGACCCUACCAUUGUGGCUGCCGCCUGCUACAACAAGGGAUACAGGGUCAAGAACGCAAAGAACGUCGACGGCAAGACGAGCGUUGACUUCAAGCUAGGCCCUCUCCACACCAACUACGAUUGCAUGUACCUCAGGGCGCCCAAUGCCUUCUGGACCGACAGCGACGGUGGCUACCAGAACCUGGCCUACCGCUACACCAAGGCUUGCACCUUCGACUCCAAGACUGGCGAUCUCACUUGCAACUAA